AUGGUGUUGGUGCGGAGUUCGGUCGAUUCCGGCGAUCGACGCCAGAUCCAGUUGGCGAAUAUCCGUGAGGUUUCCUUUCCUCAGUCCCUUCGACAAGUCAAAGCUCACUUCUCCGCUGGAAUCCGUGCGAUCCUUGUUGUGAUGCUGAUAUCCGGAGCAUGGUUAGCAAUGGAAAGUAUCUCGAAGCGAAGUGUGGAAAUGUCUGACGAAUAUCCGCCAUCCCGACGCGUCAACACCACCUACGGACCGAUUGAAGGCCGACGAUUGAUCUACAAGGGAGAUCGGCAUGUCGAUGCAUUCCAAGGGAUUCCAUAUGCGGCUCCGCCGGUUGGAGAUCUCCGAUUCGCGUUGCCACAAGCUCAUGAAAAAUGGACGAGUGUUCGCGAGACGAAGAAAUUCGGAAAUCGCGGAAUUCAAAUUGACCAGGAAGCGAACAAAUCGAAAUACGAGCAGUUCCCACAAGGAGAGGAUAAUCUAUCACUAAAUGUAUUCACGCCAGUUUGGGAGCCAUCAUCCAAAAAUGGGUUUCCGGUUUUGGUGUUCAUCCACGGCGGUGGUUUUGUCAUUGACAGCGCGGUCAAAUAUGGAGAUUUGAGUAUUUGCAAAGGAUUGGUUAUGAAAGACGUGGUUGUGGUGACAGUUCAAUAUCGACUAGGAUUUUUGGGAUUCUGGACAACCGGCGAUGAAGAGUUCCCAGAUAAUCUGGCCCUUCAUGACAUGACAUUUGCUUUAAAAUGGAUUCGAGAUAACAUCGCUGCGUUCAAUGGAGACGCCGAAAAUAUCACAUUGAUGGGACAAUCGGCUGGCGGAGUCUCUGUUGAUCUUCUCAGCAUUUCUCCAGUUUCAAGAGAUCUUUUCCACAAGGUUAUACCAAUGGGCGGAUCGGCCUCAAACGCGUUUGCCAUCCAUAAUACUCCUUUAUCAUCAUGUCGGACUCGAGCCAAGAAAAUGGGAGUUUUCGAUGAUGGAGACUCUAAAGAACUAAUUGAGAAACUUCGAAAAGUUCCCGCUGAGAAGUUCGCCGCCGCAAUGGUAGUUUCCCUUUUCGAGAAGACCGAAGAUGAACAAUGUUUGAUCGGACCGAAAUAUGAUCAUGUGUUCCUUCCAAAACCAAUCAAACAGUUGCGUAAAGAAGCGCCAGUCAAGCCGAGAUUAGUCGGAUGCAGUAGAUCUGAAGGAUUGAUGCUUUAUACCCCGAACAUCAACAAGGAGCAUCCGGUGCAUCAAAUUCGCGAGGAUUUGAAAUCCACCAUUCCGGAGAAAUUCUUUCCAACAACAGCGAAACACCAUCAGAAGGAGAUUAUGAAAAGACUAAUUGAUCCUUCAAAGGAUUUGAAGAAUCUCACCAAAGAUGAAUGGAUUCGGGCAAUUAUUGAAAUUCGCGGUGAUAAUUUCAUUCAUAUUGGAAUUCAAAAAAACGUUUUGGAUGUUCUUGAAGCGACACCAGAUGCUCCAAUUUAUUUCUACUCAUUCGAAUAUUCAAACCCAAAAGCAAACGAGGCUAUUGGUGGCAUUUUUCCGUUCUAUGAUGCAACUCACUGCACUGAUAUCAGCUAUGUUGUCGGAAGUCACAUCGUUGGUCAAUUUGAGUGGAAUGAUGAUGAUCUGAAAAUGAUUGAUGUUACAACAAGAUUAUGGACCAACUUUGCCAAAUAUGGGGACCCAAAUGGAAGAACUGAAAAGGAGCGCAAUGUUUUGAAUGGCGUUCAAUGGCUGCCAGCAACCGCCGAGAAUCCUCAGCUGAAUCUCGCAUUGAGUCUAACUCCAAGAAUGGAUACCCAAUAUAAAAAAGGACGGCCUCAUUACGUUGCUCAACUCCGCCAGAAAACGAUGAUCACGCCUUUUAUUUGA